AUGGUCGGGCAACAAGGUCUGAACCUCGCAGUCGGGAUCAUCACCUCCCAUUUCGGCGACGUCGUCGCGGUCAGUUCCCAUCGCCUUGUUCCUUACGUCUGAAACCAAACAUUGCAUCUCCUCUCACGGGCCUCUCCAUGCACGGCCGCUGCCGCAAUUUACUUUACUUGUGGCAUCUGCUAAUUUCCUAUUUCGGUGUGUUUCAUAUUUUUGAGUUAUCCAAUCUCUGUCGUCAUUGUUCAUCUUAAUCUCCUCCUGACACUAGUUUCCCCUCUAUUGAUGUUUUCCUCAGAAGGUAUGCAGUUGCCUCCUGCGCAGGGGCUCUCUCUCUCUUCAGGAGAUCGUCCGGGACAUCGGGCUACCCCCGGCACGGGUGAAGAAUUGUCUCCUCGUCCUUGUCCAGCACAACUGCGUGCAGGCUUACUCUGUCCCUCGGGCAGGUACGUCCUGACUCCCGGUUAAGUCUUCUUUCGAAGGGAUGAGUAUCAUAGACGAGAGAGGAAGUUGUAUUCUUAUCGUGGAGUACUGUUUUAUUUCACAACUACCUUUUUGCAGGCGGACCGCUGCCAAAGGCCGUCACCCAGUACAUGGGCCUUCUGGACAAUAUUCUCCAUCGCAUGCGCUUUCCCAAAUUUCUGGGGAUUUUGGCGGCAGAAUUUGACGACCCCCUGGUGAGACUCUGGGACAGCCUCACCAAUGUUGCUAAUGUAUCAAAUGAUUUCUAGAGACCCCUAUUUAUGAGCAUUUUUCGGCCUCUGGGUCGCUUCCAGAGAUGAUGAAAUUGUGCCAAUGAUUUCAGCGAAUAAGGAUUUAGGUCGACCAAAUAAGAAUUUAAAGUCAGCUACGAUUUUUUUUGUCUGAAUCCAUCUCCACGAUAAAGUGACUAAGAAUCGUAAAACUUUUGUGUUUUCAAGGAUCCUUGAUCCGUUGUAAAAUUUCAAACCAGUUGUUACUUUUGAACGCUGAAAUUUCUUUGUUUGAUCAUUGUCUCCAUGUUGUUUUUUCAGACAACCAUUUUUGCAGCGGCUGUCAAUAUCCUAAGUAUUUUCCCAUUACAUAGGCUAUACAACGGCCUAGAAAACAUUUCUUCAACCUAAGUUAAGGCCCUUCACACAAUUCUUUAUGAAAAUAACAAUCGUCUGUAAUUGGGAUUCUUCUUGUAAGAUCAAGCAGGAGUCACAUGGCAUUUUAGGUACUAUUUUUUUCUGAUAAUUAUUAUGGUUUUCUUAGAACUGCCAAAUGAAGAGUUACUUGUUCUGGGCAAAUCUGUGAGAUAAGUUUCAGUUGUUAUAUGCGCAUCAGAGUUUAGCAGUUAAAAGGGAGGUAUGAGGGAGGAUAUUCGGAAUAUUUUUCAUAUCACAAUUAUGGUUUUUUUGCUGGCCUGUACGAUUUAGUUCCCUACUCCAAACCACUAACUUCUAGAAACAAGGCACCCAAGUUCAGAGAAUGGCUCAUAAGAACGUAGUAUAACAUCAUACUUGUUUCACUUAUGGCAGUGUUUGGCUCUCGUGGAAGGUUUGCUUCAACAUGGAAGGCUUACAUUUGAGCAGCUUGUCAUGCGUGCAACCUCUACAAAAAGUGAACGUAAGUUUUUAUUCCCGUCAGAAAUGCUUUAUUUGAUUGGAUAGACUACAAUAAUCCUUUUUUUGAAAAAAUGCUGCGGCCCUGGGGUAUAAUAGUGCUUUUAGAAUAUCUAAUCCAGUGUUAACAAAGUAACUACCGACUUGACGUGGAACAUGUUUCCUUAAAUAAUCUCCCAGUGAGGAACGUUAUACGUUGGAGAAGGCUCUCCUCUGCCAUGUGUCUGGUAGGUUAUUUAUUCAGAACAUGCAGAAAAAGUUACAGAAACGGUUUAAACCCCGCAACAAUGUGGCAUGAAGUUUUACGAGUUCUAUCAAUGUUGUUUUUGGUUAGGUUGGUGGAUAAUAUUUUUCAUCUUGGAUUUCUAAAUAUCCAGUGGAUAUUUACUAAGAGUUUUAUUUGAUAUCUGAUCCCAACGUUAUAAAACUAGAAGACACCAGAUCCAUUUUGGCAACAGAUUCCAUCUGUAGUUGUUGUCCCUCUCACACACUAUUCCAGGCCUUUUAAAGUUAGUCUAGUUGAUUAUGAGUUGACUGAUUCAGGGUUAUUUUGAUUUGCCAAAAAAGUCCCAACUUUAAUAACAAGGAGGGGUAAAAAAAAGAAAGAAAAAUGCACAGGAUAAUGACAAGGAAGCUACUGUAGAUAUUGAAUUUUUGCAGGCAUCUUAGGGAAAGAAUAAUGGCAUAUUUUGUUUACUUUUUUUUUUCCAAAAAUGUGUUAUAAUCAUUGGCUGUUUAUUGUUUCAACCAAAUGGUGGACGGGCUGUCAAGGAAAUGUAUCUAUUGAAGCUCUCAUUAUGGAAUGUCGGUGCACAUACAUAUAGGACAGUCACUAGAGUUAUCUGUAUAACGACAAAUUGUCUUGCGUUUAUAUUUGGUUACUUCUCGGUGUCAUUAGUUGAGUCAUACAUCAGUUCUUGAUUUUAUUAUAAUCUUUAAUCAGGGACCAUGGCCAUCAGGGAUUCUUUGCGUGGCAGCUUGGAUCAACUUAUACGAGCUCAUUAUGUGGAGCGUUGCCCAAAGCCUGAGCCCUUCAUUUCGGCAACAUCAGAAGAUGAAACUUCGACAGCAAGAAAACGUGGCUCUAAGUUAUGUGCAAUGUGUUCCAUCAUUAUUCUCAGAAAUGUAUUGAUCAUAUAAAUGGAAAAUUUUCGGUGCAAUAUAUAUCUUCUUCUGAUCUGAAUGUUCUGUAUAUGUUCAGGAUACAGCAGUGACUACACUUCCAUAUUUUCCAGCUCUUAUUACUUUAAGUCAACUGCAAGUGCAUGCCCGAUUUUAAAUUUAACACCAAGGGCUUGUUUUAGUAAGAGAAUUUUAUGGAUAUGCUCCGAUUGAUGUUGCUCAUACCUAAGUAUAAAUUACAGCUUAGAAGACAAGAAUCUACUUCUACUUCUAGUGACUUGGAUCCAUUAUAAUGUUUUCUUAAUGUUUCAUAUGAAUUUCGUUUAUUGAAACUUUGUGUAACCUUAUUAGUAGGAUGGAUAUUAUUGAAAAACCUUCUUUAGUAUCUUCAGUCUUCUGUGUCUGCUUCAUAUGUUAUGAAUGUUGUUAGUCUCGAUUAUUAUGUGAACAAGACCAGUUUAAGAAGUAAAAUUUGUGCGCGCCCUCCUUGCAGUAUCAUUUUAAGUAAACUUGAAGUUUGUCCUGUGAUGAUUUUGACCAUUAUAUGUUUGUAUUUUAUCUAUGCAUGUUGAACUUUUUUUUUUCUCUUUUCCAGUCUGCCAUAGAUACAGGGACUUUAGAGCAGAAGGCAUUGGCAGCUGCAGCUCUCCUGGAUGCAGAAAGAUUCUCGGGAAUUGGUGAUAUCAAUGGCGAUGAAUCGAAUAGCAAUCAGUUAGAAGAAAAAGCUAAAGGUAUUUCGGCGAGUACAAAUAUUGGCGAAAAGGUAGAUACUGUGCUUCUAAAGGUUACUUAUAAUAUAUCCACGAUUUAUUUCUGCCAGUUGUUAAACCGAAUAGUUUUCAUGCAUAUAGUGGAGUGUGGCUUCACUUCAUAGUGAGUCGUUUGAUGGGUGGUAGUUUUACGGUACAAUGUAGUCCGAGUAAUCAGAUCCUGCCUUGGACCCUUAUUCUACGUGAAACGAUUAACCUUCUUGUGUUAUCUUAGCUACUUGGGUUUCUCAGAAAGAACGUAUAAUAUUUUUUUGCGCUUGUUUACUAAAAAUAAGGCCUAUAGGAAGCAAGCUUGUGAAUAUUCAGCUUGUUCUUUGACUCCAUCUGUAGUUAAUCACCAGACCUCAGAGUUUAUUGGGAUGCUUUUGCUUACUCAUAAUUACUGGUCAGCUUCUUGACCUGGAUGUCCCUUUUGACAUUGCGGUUUGCCCUUUAAUUGACUCUUGAUGUACUCUUUUGGAAUGUUGACACAUUGUGAACUAUGAAAUCUCUUUUCCUUCAACAAGUCUACCCUUGCCCAUUAUAAUAGAACAUGAAGGUUUCUCUUUCAGUCGUUUCUCAUCGGAAAGUGAUUUUUUGUAAAAAAAUUAAAAUACAGUAUUCAUGUGAUGUGCUCUUGAAAUAGCUCUAAGAAUAAAUCAUAACGAAUAUUCAGAUGUGAAUCACUAUUUUUUUGGUUUGCAACCUUGUUAUUUUUUCUAUACAAUACGUUCAAAUAUCCUUCAGUCAUUUAUUCCAUGAUAUCUUUAUCAUUAUCUAAGUUUUUUAUGUGUAUAACUUUACCUGUUUCAUUAGUAUUUCAAUAUGCUAGUCAUGUCUCACAUGUGAGGAUUUUUCGGAAUUUCAUGAACCAAUGUGAGGAUUUCCAUGUUCUACCUAAUGAUAUUCAUUACUUAAUACUUUCAAAAAUAGAAGUUAAUUACUUGAUGUUUUGGCUUUAAUAGCGCAAGCAUGAGGAAUUAGAGUUUGACAGAGAAACUCAAGCUGCAAUUAAUGAGAAUGAGGUUCUUUGGCGGGCGAAUUUUGAGAAAUUCAUUCACUGUCUUAAGAAGAAGGUUUGAACUCCCUUUCCAGACUCUUUCCUUUCCUCCUCGAGAAAAUUGGCACACUGAAUAUUGUAUAUUUAUCUGAACCUCUGGACUAGCAAAUGGAGAAUUAGAUACUUUCUCUUGCGUCAAGGCGGUCUUCUUUUUUCUCUUUCUAGCAUUCAGAGUUUUUCUUCUUGAAUUUCUUGUGCCCAGAAUGUGUAUGAUAAUGCGUUUUAACGACACCAUGCCAAUAUGUCAAAGAUAAAAUGCUGUUCUGUUUCUGUUCGCUAAGUUCCACAUUCUUAACACAAACGGGAUGAGUAGUUUCAUCUUUAGAAGUGUAGAAUCGACUGGAUGUGAGAGCCCUUUCUCUCCCCCUACCUCCAUUUUCUAUCACCUCGAAUAUUGUAGUGUCUUUCUCAGACAUGUUUGGGGGGUCUCUAAAAGGCCUUCUUUUUCUGUAUAGCGCACUGUAUCUUAUGGUUGAGAUUUUUCACAAGAUUUCUCUCCCUGUAGGCAUGUGUCACAAGUGUGAGAACGAGGCUGAGUCUGGAUGCUGCAGUUGUCUUGGAGGCAAUGAUAGAGUCCAGUAAUCACAAGAAGGCAAAAGAGAAUUUGGGUAAUCUGUUAUAAUACAACUCUUGUAAAGUGUUUUCUGGCAUUUAUUUAUUAAAAUUUAUUUUUUUCAGAUAAGUGGUUUUUAUUUUGGUGUGACGCUUGUGCAUUAUAAAAGCCUUGUACUCAAUCUUUUUUGGCUGAUAAUUGUUUAAAUGGUAGAAACGCCCGCUGGCCAAGAGGACUGCUCCUUGUGCUCCUGAGGCAAAUUUCUACAGCUUUCUUUUUGGUAGCACUUAAUCUGAGGUCUGUCAGAUUACAGUAACAUGUCGGAGUCAUUCAUCCUCAAUAAAAUGAAUUAUACGGCACCAGAAAGUUUCUUCUAAAUAGUGAUUAAUUUAAAUAUAUUCGAAUUAGAAGCCCUGUAGGGAUGUAGAUUCAUACCAAACCACUAAUCGAGCUGAACGACUUAAAUCUGUGUUGUCUCAAAAAUGUUCAACUGAGGCAAGUCAUACGAUAGUAUGAUUCAGCUCCAGCUUUUAAAGUUCUGGUCUGCAUCAUCUAGAAUGUGUACCUAAAAUAUUCAUCUGAUAUCGGAAUUCAUAUAGUCUAGAGUUAAAUGGUGUUAUUUAUUGAAUUUAUUGUUUAUGGCCUUAUUUUUUACUGAUGCUUUUUUUUUUUUGAAGUGACAUCAUCACUGGAUGAAAUUCUAGAAUGGGUUAUGAAAAAACCUGGUGGACGUUUGAUGACUAUGCAACAUGUAAGAACAUGCCUUGAAGAGCUGAAGUGUAAAUCAUCCACAGAAGACACGAAGGCGCUUUAUGCUAUUGGUAAUCUCUUACUCACGCGCCUACGAGAAGAAUUCGUGUUGACAUCUGAAUUGGACUCAAUUUUCUUAUUCUUGAUGUUAUGUCUUGCUUUCUGUACCUAGACUUGGGAGAAAUUGUUGAAGAGUGUCGCAGUGAAGAAGUACUUUACACAUGAAUCUCUGUAUUAUUUUAUUCUUUUUUUCUCCUUUACGGGACACCAAGUUUAUAUUUUUUUCUAUCAACUUUCUAAGCCUGAUUAUAUUUUUUCAACUAGGUGGGAUCUCUUGUGCUUCAAAGGUAUGGGAAAGAUGCUUACAGGAUGUUCAGGCUGUUAGUGAAGAGGUGUCGGCCAGUUGAGACAGACAAUGUACGCCAUGUUCCAUUUAGUUGAUUUGACUGGGUAUCUUAUUUAUAUUGCUAAUGGAAUGAGCUUACAUCCCGUAGCAACAGCCUUCAACCUGAAGGUGUGCAUUCAGAUGAUAAAAUACCUCAUCUUUAUUAUAUAAAUCCCUGAAAGCUGCCACAAGGAUUAUAUAAACGAAUAAAAACUGACUUAUUUCAAUAAGAAAUCUGUCUAUCUUUAAAAAUUUAUCGAAUUUCGUAUUUCUUUUCCAGAUGAUAAAAUAUGUAGUCAAGUGUCUUGUAGGGCCAUUUCUAUCAUGGUAAGGUCAGAAAUGCAUACAUUGAAGACGUCUAUUUACUAUGGCUUUUGAUUGCUGUGUAAUAGUUAAAAAUGCCACUGCAGCCAGUCUAAUUGUAUGUCCUCUUUUCCUCUUUGAAGGAAACAGUCUGUUUGCUUUAAACCCUUCCGAGCGUCUUUAUCUUAAUCACCUUUUCUGGUUUUUUUCGUGUAAUCGGCAGAAAAUUGAGACUCACUAUUUAAACAUCUGUUACCUCGUCAUUUGUUUCUUCUCUUCUAGCAACAAUGAGAAGGAACGUGGUUCUAUUCUACUGGUGAAUUAUAUGAUCACUGAAUAUUUAUAAGUUUUAGUUCAUUAUCAUCACGUUUACCAUCCUUCGAAUUCCAAUCAAUUGGAUCAAGGGUACUUUGUGAAUUUUAGAAGUCACUAUAUGAAUCUCGUUUUUAUUGAAAUGACUUAGUACCGAUUGUAAUUUGAAAUUUAAUGCAGUUUUCCAGUAAUUUUCUAUUCCAUGUGAAGAAAAUCUUCAAAUAAUGUUUUUAUGAUUUUCUUGACUUAUAAGUCAGAUAAGAUUGAGAAUGUCGAGAUGCAGCUUAUUAUUUCAUUUUUCAUCUUCACCACGGUUGGCCGAUUUGGUCCAGCUUCAAUCAACUAGGAAAUAUUGGCUCAUAUUUUGGGUCCGAUGAUUGGAUUUUCACACGACUUGGCUGGCUUAGCCACUACUGGGUAGAUUAUGAGCCCUAGGAGAGGAUACCAUGUAAAUCAAGUGUGGACGAUAUUAAAUUAGCCUAAUGGAGCUCAUCAUGAUUCGAGAACCCUCUAUCUUACUCAAGUCAUCUCGAUCAAGAAAAAUAUAAAAUGGGACAGUAUAUUUGGAAUUUUGAGAUUAUACUUAUCACUAUUUUUAUUCAAAACAAUAAAUAGACAAAAUGUUUUAAGGAGCACCUUUUGUAAAAAUAUUUUUUUCUAAACCCCUCCCUCCUAGAAAAAAACAAAUCUUUAACAGUCAACCCCCUAGGGGUUGACUGUCAGAGGCGUCAACACCACUAUGUUUGUCAGCAGACAAAGAAAAAAGAAGUGAGAGUGGUGUUAAGGUGAUAGAAGCGGGGGAAGGGAAAAGAAAAAGAAAGUGCCAUAGGUUGAACUCAUGCAGAUUAUAGUGGCUACUAACAGUUAGAUGAUAGCAGGCCAAGGCAACAAGUAAUAGCGGUGUUCUUAUGACGGCCCCCUUCUCUUUUUUCUUCCAUUGUUCUAACGACUUUAAAGUCUUAAAAAAUCUGCUAAAACAUAUAACACGUGGGUAUCAGUAUAUUCACUGACCCCAGCCGCUCUUUGGAAUUCUUUGUUAGAUUCUGAGUUGCAAUUGUUCUGCCCUAGUUUUAAUGGAGAAAGUGUAAAGUGCUUUUUACUUCCUAGAAAUGUCUCCCGUAGUUUUGCCAGAUGAAUGCAGUUUUUCUCACAACAGUUGCCAACCACCGUCGUCAUUGUCAUCGUAAAGCCUUAGGGCAUCAAAGUGGGACAGCUGACGCCUUUUUUGUUUUUCCAAUGACAGAUCUGACGAUCAAAUAUUUCACUGAGAGCCUUGAUCUUUGAUGGACUCUAUCAUCUUAUUUUAUACUGAGUUUCAUUCGAAUUCUCUUCCCUGUUAAGGUCCGUGAUAUCUCUCUAAUUUUUGUUUUUUUUUUCAUGAUAGCUGGCAGAGAUCACUUUUGUAAAGAAAAAGGAAGCCCCAGGGAUCUUAUACAAGCUCUGGAUGGACAACUACGUGCAUAUGGAGGUGAGGGAGUCUUUUAUUGUUUUCUCUUGCUCUUUCUAAACAGAUGCAGUCAAAAAAAAAAUCUUGGAUACUGCUGGACAUAUGGAGUCAAACUGAUCUGAAAACUUCAUGGCCAGUCAUGUGCAGUUGAUCAUUAAUUUUAGUGAUCCUUUGAAACUCUGCUCCUCUUUCUUUGCGCAUAUGCCCACGCACAUGGACAUUACUCUUUCCAGUUCUGCUAAAACUCUUGUUUAGACUGUCCAGUUAUGUACAAUAUUUUUUUACUGUGGUAAACGCUCAUUUCAUGACCAGAGUCACUAUUCACCCAUCUGUCAAUCGAGAUUGAGAAAUAAUGCGUUGCCCAUUUCGUCAAGGAAAAUACUUGCUUUAUCGCUCAUUAUCUGCCCCCGAUUUGUGUUGUUCCUGAUAACGGUUUGUUUGUUGUUUUGUAUAGAUUGCAGUCGCAUAUCCGGGAGAAAAACGUUUCCUGUGGAAAGUGAACACAAGUACUUUAUAUGAGCAUAUAUUGAAUGAUAUGUAUCAUGCUGCUGCAAAUUUGAGCCAGAGGAUCGCCCAAAAUCGAGAACAACAGCAGGAGGUUUGUGAGUUUUUUAAGCCGCCUAUUUUAUGACGGGUAGUUUAUCAUCGCAUCCCGUCCACCUCUAAGUCUUCUUCAUGAUCUCUCUGCCGAUUUCUGGUUUUUCCCGGGCAGUUUUCAUUUUAGAAGCUCCAAAGGUGAAAGCUGUUAUUGUACCUAGGAAUGAACAGGAAACUGUACCGUCAGAUGUAUACAUCCAUUCGAUCAUGUAUGGUGUUCUUGAAUUUUUAUUUUUAUUAUAUAUAUAUAUAUAUAUAUAGAUUAUUAAGUGUGGACUGCUCUUGUACUGUGCAUUUAUGUUCAUACGACAGUCCGAAGAAUGGCUCGUAUGAAUCAGGUUUCAGGAAUUUGUGUCGUGAUUUAAUGCCAUUCUUUUGAAAGAUUUUUUAUCCUGUUUCCCGGAGUUUGUUACAUCGUGAAUUUCUCUUUUUUUCCUCGUUUUGCCGUCUUUUUUGUUUUCUUCUUGGUUAUUGCGAAAUCCUUUUCUGCUGAUAUGGGAGCUACUUAAGCUUCACUCAUCAUAUGGUGGGUCCAUUUGAUUAAUUUAUCUAGUUUUACUUACCGCAUAUGACGUAUCAGUGCUACAUUGUCAGAUCGCCAACCAACCAGCUAAUGACAUCCAAAGCAAAGAAUAUGAUCGUCUGAAGAACACGAGGAUAAUAUUGGAGACCUCUCUUCUACGGCUGGAUGAUACACUGAUGCUCUUCCAUGACUUUUGA